ACAGUAUGGAUAUAUAAAGGCAUAUUGUUCAGUGAUUGAAUAAAGCUUGCCUGCAGGUUAAAGAAGACAGGACAUUGAAUAAGUAAGUUGUAGGGAUAUAUUUAAUUGCAUCUGCAACUUUGUGAAGAAUGUGUCAGUGGGAGUAGCCAAAUCAAGAUUAGGAGGAUCCUCAACCGAGGGAUAUUUAAAUAUUGCUUUUUUAUAAUCAGGCACUGGACAUACCAAUUUAGGAACAGUGGAGCAGGCUUGAGGAUUUUAGGGUGCAGGCAUCUCAUUUGUGGAAAUUAAUCAAGAGCUAUGUCAGGCUCCGUGUGGCUUAUUUCGUUUCUGAUUUUAGGCAAAGCCAUGCCAAGCACAUGUGAAACAAUCAGACUGAUGAAUGGUAAAAACUCUUGCUCUGGUCGAGUGGAGGUUUUUUUCUACGAUCAGUACAAAAACGCUCAAUGGGGAACAGUGUGCGAUGAUGGCUGGAGUCUGUCAGACGCUGCAGUGGUGUGUAGAGAGAUGGGAUGUGGAGAUGCUAUAGAGGCAAAUAGCAAUGCUUUUUUCGGAGAAGGUGUUGGAAUAGUAUAUUUGAGCAGUGUGACUUGUUCGGGAAAUGAGGCCACAUUGAGCAAUUGUGGAUCUAAGACAAUGGGAGAGUUUUACUGUGCCCAUUCAAGGGAUGCCGGAGUUGUCUGUAAUUCCCUUGUUAGGCUGGCGAAUGGCACUAACCCAUGUUCUGGACGUGUGGAGGUCCUCAAUGAUGGUCAGUGGGGAACAGUGUGUAGUGAUGGCUGGGAUCUGUCAGAUGCUGCUGUGAUUUGUAAAGAGAUGGGCUGUGGUUCUGUCUCUGGAUCAAAGACGGGGGCUUAUUUUGGCCAGGGAUCAGGGCCUGUGUGGCUCAGUGAUGUUCAGUGUUCUAAUUCUGAAUCCACGCUGAGACAGUGUGUUUUAAAUGGAUGGGGACAAAACUCAUGCGGACAUGAGAAGGAUGCUGGAGUUGCCUGUCAGAGCAAACUUAGACUGGCGAAUAACUGGAACUCCUGCUCUGGAAGAGUGGAGAUUUACUAUAAUCAGUGGGGAUACAGUCAGUGGGGAUCAGUGUGUGAUAAUGGCUGGAAUCUGCCAGAUGCCGCAGUGCUGUGUAGAGAUGUGGGAUGCGGAGAUGCUGUGGCAGCAAAAGGUGCUGCUUAUUUUGGUCCAGGUGGAGGACCAGUAUGGCUGGAUAAUAUGAACUGCACUGGAAACGAGUCCACAAUCACUGCCUGUAAGUUCGACAGAGUAGGACAGUACAGUUUAUCGCAUUUGAAGGAUGCAGCAGUCAUCUGCCAAUUUCUUGUUAGGCUAGUAAAUGGCCCUAACUCCUGCUCAGGACGAGUGGAGGUUUUCUUCGAUGGCCAAUGGGGAACGGUGUGUGAUGAUAACUGGGAUCAGUCAGACGCUGCAUCGGUGUGUUCUGAACUGGGCUGUGGAAGUGUUAUAGAGGCAAAAAGCGCUGCUUAUUUUGGACAGGGAUCUGGUCCAGUAUGGCUUAGUGGUGUAAAAUGUGCCACUGGCUCGACUCUGAGAAACUGUGAUUCACAAGGAUGGGGACAAAACAGCUGUGGACAUGAGAGGGAUGCUGGAGUCACCUGUCAGCCAAAAAUGAGACUGGCGAGUGGUGACGGCUCCUGUUCUGGACGAGUGGAGGUUUUCCUCCACAGCCAGUGGGCAACAGUGUAUGAUGAUGGCUGGGAUCUGUCAGAUGCUGCAGUGGUGUGUAGAGAGAUGGGCUGUGGAGAUGCUGCACAGGCAAAGAGUAAUGCUUAUUUCGGACAAGGAACUGGACAAACAUACAUGUCCAAUGUAAACUGUGUUGGAAAUGAGUCCUCACUGAGUGUCUGUGAAUCACUUAAGCCGAAAAGUACUGACCAUUCGAAGGACGCUGGGGUCAUCUGCGACUCUCCUGUCAGGCUCAUUAAUGGAAAUAACUCGUGUUCUGGACGAGUGGAGGUUUUCUAUAGUGGUCAGUGGGGAACAGUGUGUGGUGAUGGCUGGGAUCUGACAGAUGCUGCAGUGCUGUGUAAAGAUCUGGGAUGUGGAGAUGCCAUUGAGGUCAAAAAUGAUAAUUAUUUUGGCCAGGGAUCGGGGCCGGUAUGGCUAAGUAAUCUGCAGUGCUCUAGUACUGAUACAAGGCUGCGAGACUGUAAAUCAAGCGGAUGGAGGAUUGAUAGCUGCGGACAUGAGAACGAUGCAGGAGUUAUCUGUCAUGAUAACGUUAGGCUGGUCAACGGCUUCAAUCCCUGUUCUGGACGAGUGGAGGUUCUCCUUAAUGGUCAGUGGGGAACAGUGUGUGAUGACGGCUGGGAUGAGGCAGAUGCUGCGGUGGUGUGUAAACGGCUGGGCUGCCGCUCUGUUCUGGAAAUAAAAAAAGCAGCUUAUUUUGGACAGGGCUCAGGAACAGUGUGGAUGAAUAAUGUGAGCUGUUUUGGGGAUGAGUCUGCAUUGACGAGCUGUUCAUACACACGCAGUCCAACAAGCUGUGGCCAUGAGAAAGAUGCUGGAGUCAUCUGCGGAUAUUUUAAUAUCUUUUUGAGGAUUGAAGUGAAGGCUGUGGCUGGACUCGACCCAAACACUGCUGCAAUCAUGAAUAAACUUUCCACUGAGAUAGGAACGAAAGUGCCAAUACCUGUUAAUGGAACGCUGAUAACUCAGGCUGAUGGAAAAGUCUUCCAUGAGAGAAAAAAAACUGCACCCUGACAGCCUGGUCAUCUUGUGCAUUCAGAGGAACAAGGAAAUCAGAUAGGAAACUUAAUGGCUUAUAUUUCUUAUAUAACCUCAUAUUUCUUCAUAUAUAACUCUUAUUUUUGUUUUCCAAUGUAAGUGUGAUAUUUAUUUUUAGACACUGACAGUGUUUAGAUACUGAUAAAGUAUCUUUUUGGGUCACGUCCUGCUAACCAGGAUUUAAAAUAGGUAUAAUUCAUCUGUUAGGAAUAAUUAUUGCAAGAGCUACUAUUUAAUACAUCACUGUGGAAAUGGUAAACACUGUAAUUGUAAACUAUUAUAAGCAUAAUAUAAUUGUAAAGUAUGAAAGUUUUUGGACACACUUUAUUUUGACGGUCCAUUUGAGUAUUAGUAGACUGUCU